AUGCUCUAUUUCCGGUAUCCUGUCUAUGAGAAAAACACGAAUAUUAAUGGGGAUAAGUUGAUUAAAUUGAUUGAUCACAUUAGCCUAACACUAUCACACUGUUUGGCUCCUGAACACAACAAAACUAAUCAAAAAAAAUUUUUUUACUUCCAGAUCUGUACAUAUGUAUUCAAUAAUGAUAGUUUUUACCGAUGGUUAAUUUUUACUCCGGUGCGACAAUAUGAAAUAUGGCGUUUCGUGACUUAUACCUUUCUCCAUGCCGGAUCCGUCCAUCUCAUGCUCAACGUCAUCAUUCAGAUUCUGGUAGCCUUCCCGCUGGAAACGGAACAAGGACACGGAAGGGUGCUGCUGCUCUACUUUGCCGGAGUGCUGGCCGGAGGAUUGGGAGCUUCCGUUUUCGAACCGACGAUGAUGGUGGGCGCCUCGGCCGGCGUCUACUGCCUGUUGAUGAGCCACAUUCCCCACAUUGUGAUGAACUUCCAAUCCCUUUCGCACCGGUACUUCCGGAUUGUCGCGGUGCUGGUGCUGUGCAUAAGCGACGUUAUCUACUCGAUACGGCACUGCCUGACCAAGGGCAAUCUGCAGCCUCGGAUCGGAGUGGCGGCCCACGUGAGCGGUGCCAUCUGUGGCCUGGUGUUUGGGUUCAUCGUCUAUCAGGGCUGCGGGAAGGUGUCCUUUCUUAGGGUGGCUCGUUAUGCCGGACUGUUUGUUUAUCUGGGGUGGAUUGUACUUACUGUGGUUUACAACUUUCGGAAAGCUUCCGUUUGAGAACAGUGCAGGUCGUAAACGAUAAAAUUUCAUCCACUUCCGACUCUUCAAACUAACAGAAAUUAUUUCUAGUUUUACUUUAAGCUGAUGAAGUUGAAUGUGGAAUUUUCAAUCGCUUUUUUUGGAUUGGAAUUUUAUCGCUCACGAUCUUUCUUAAAAUGUUUUAGUGUUAAUUGAAAUAGAUUAACAAAUCACAGAAGUCAAUAUCAUGAACGUAAGAAGAUACUCAAUCAUUUGAAUCCUUCCAAUGUCAAUCUAUAACCAAACUAUAUUGUUAGUUUUCAUCCAAAGUAUAUGUUUCUGCCAAAUCGAUUUCCUUGUGUCAUACAGAAAAAGUGUCAAAGUGUUGCUAGUCUUUAAUUACGAAAAUGUUUGUAAAAUAUUUAGAUACAAUUAUCGAAGUUGUU